AUGAGCAUGCUAAUGGACAAUCAAGCAGCAAUCAAGAUGUUACAGUCUGAAGGAAGCAUGGCGAGUGCGAAGCACGUGGAUGUGCGGAUGAAAUUCAUCUGCGAUUAUGCUAAAAAGGGUAUCGUCAAACCUGAAUUCGUCGAGUCGAAGUUGAUGAAAGCAGACCUGUUGACGAAGACACUGCCGGCGCCAAGGGUCGCGGAGCUACGCGAAUUGUUUAACCUUGUUUGA